CGAGGUCGUCUUCUCCAUCAACCUCGCCUUUCGCCUCUCCGAUUCAAGCCGACGAGGCGACGAUGGACGCCCUCACCCGCCUCCACCGCGCCCUCGCCGGCGGCGACGACGACGAGGAGCAGCCGGAGGAUUCUAUCCUUGGCGACACCGAGGGCAUAUGCUCCCUAUCCCCUGUCCAGCGGGUCUACGGCUUCGCCGCGUGCUUGGUUGCGGGACUGGCUCUGAUGAUCCUGUCACUUGUAGUUUUCGUCAGACCCAUCAAAUUUGCAGUCAUGUUUACAUUUGGAAACAUCCUAGCAGUUGGGAGCUUUCCUAAUAGGGCCAAGUCAACAGUUGAGGAUGAUGCUUGACCCAGUUCGUGUGUAUGCAACAGCUAUUUACGGUGGAUUUGUUUUUCUGGCUCUAAUUUUUGCUCUUUGGAUCCAUUCCAAGGUUCUAACAUUGAUUGCAAUCAUAUGCGAGAUCUGUGCUCUGUUCUGGUAUAGUUUGAGCUACAUCCCUUUCGCUCGGCGAAUGGUGUCUGACCUGAUGGUGAAGCUCUGUGACACUGAACUUUGACCUGAUGGUGAAGUUCAUGGGUAGUAUCAGGAUGCCUUAAGGUGCUUGCCCAUGUUAAUGCAAUACUGCUUCUCCUCCUCCCCAGUAUUGUUUGUUCACCUAAGUCCUUACAAUCCAGAUUUUGUGGAUACACAUACCUUUAUGUUUUGUAUAAAUGUAUUACAUCAUGCACUUGUUUUUUGUAACGCUGUAAGUUCAUAUCUGUCUGAAAUUGGCCAAACAACUGAGGCAUCAUGUAUACAAAUUUCUUGGCUGCACAACUCUGCGCGUCUUGCUAAAUGUCAGCCAUCUGACGUCUUUGCUCCACCUGGUUCUUAAUGACAUUUUGCUCCACUGCACAGACUGUUUCUAAAAGAGUGUUUGCUGCUUGGGCGUCAAAGCUGCCAGAACACAGAUCACCCAAAUAUGCGACUACUGUUGAAGUCUUCGAGUUACAACACCUGGCUCUACUCGCCAGCCACUGUCUGGUGGGGUCCGACCAGGCCCACUUGUCAGUGAGCAGCAGCUGUGUUCCCCCGCAAGAAAUACCGAAACUACCCUUCCAUCACCCUCAAAAUUACAUUAACACCCCUGCCCAGCAGCUCAGCUCCGGUUCAAAUCUCCCAGCCAAUUCAAAUUUCUGAACACCUCGUCGCUCCCCGGCUACUAUAUAUGCCACCCCAUUCCUCGCCCACACGCGCAGCACACGUCGCCCCCAUCGCUGCAUGGGCAAAGCGAUCUCCCUUCUCCGGCCACCGCGAGAGCCACAGCCACGAGAGAGCGAGGGCGAGGGCGAGAGGGGGAGGAUGAUGGAGCUGAGGAAGCGCCCGAGGCCGCGGCGCGUCGACCCCGACUUCGUCUCGUCACCGCCGGCUUCGCUGCUGCUGCCGCCGCCGAGGAAGCGGGCGAGGAGGCAGGCCGCGCCGCCGGCGGCUCCGGCUCCGGCUCCUGCUCCUGCGCGCCCAUCACCAGCGGCGAGGAGGCGGCCGACGUGCGCGCGGGUGAUCAUCCAGAGCCCCGUCGCUGGGCUUCAGCCAUCCGUGUGCUGCCCGUGCGAGGCGCCGCUCCGGGCGUGCAGGCUUCCGCGCGCCUCCUUCCUCGCUCGCCGUCGCCCUCCCUUCGACUGGUACGAGGCGGACAUGUGGACGGAGGUGGCCAAGUACCUGUUCGGCGCGGAGCUGGUGCGCCUCUCCUCCACCUGCCGCUGGUUCCGCCGCCUCCUCGCCGACGAGUUCAUCUGGCGCCACGCCUUCCUCCGCGACCUCUCCCUCCUCCCCGCCGCCGCCGACCGGUACCCUCCCCGCCCGCUCCACCGCUCCUGGCGCCUCCUCUACGCCGCCGCCUUCAACGGCGCCCACUCGUACUGGUUCCGCCGGAGCAGCAGGCACAUUGGGGCGUACCGGAUUGGUGGGUUCCUGCUCGAGUCGCCUUACAUGCUCCUGACGGCGAAGCUGGCGGUGCCGCAGUGGCUGCCGCCGCAGGAGGACGGCCCGCAGAUCGCCAUCGAGAUGACCGGCGCGUGCGUGCUCCCCAACGCGCGCCCUGGCAUCUGGAUCACCGACUUCCAUCUUGUGAGGUGUCCCAAUUGCACCCUCAACAAGUGCGCAGGGGUCCUGCAGGUUCUGGACGCGCGACACUGCGAGCUGUUCCUGGAGCAGGGAUUCUGGAAUGGCACCUGGGAGUACGAGGACCUGGGCGACCACUACAACGACGAGGAGACCCCCACCGCAGCCUGCGCCAUCUUCAACGCCAGCACCCGCGCUCAUGAGUCCAUUUCAUGUGUUCUCCACUCGAAGUCUUGGGUCAGGAGAUGCGACGACCCACAGCCCAAGGCACAUUGCCGCCCAUACGCUGUUGCCCUCAAUUCCAACCUCCUGUCCAACUCCAACCAGGGGUUGGUGUCAAGGUUCCAGGCGAUGCGAGACACGACCGGGAACGGGCAGAUAGUGUCUAUCCGGAUCAUACAGCAGAUUUACUGAUUCAAGUGCCUGGUUCGUUUCUGGUGCUGGGUUCCUGCUCUGUUGUUUAAUGUGUUAAUGCCUUGUUUGCGAUGAUAUAAGUUCUGUCAGGGAUAAAUCAUGAGAGGGAGUACAGUUAUACUAUAGAUGGUUAGGCCUCUGUUAAGAUUACAAAAAUUGUUUAGAGUACGGAAGUAGAGAGCGCCCAAAAGGAGCAGAUUUCGUGUUGUUUAUAUCGAAUCAUUGAGUCAUGUCGGUAAUAUUCUGUGCUUCAUUGAGAAGUAGCAGCUUGUUUUAACAAAACAUAGUACUAUGUCUAUGACUAUAAAGCCAAGAAUUUGCUUAUUGUACAUACUUCACUCUGCUUUGCUAGCUUGCUUGAUUUCAUGAGCUGCUCUACUGUUUUCAAUAGACUGGGCAACAUAAUCAUGAAUGAUUUGAUACUCAACUUGUAGAUGUUUGUGAAACCGUAGCUGAACUACAGAAGUACUGCAAAUAUCUCUAAUUCUGUUCUUGCCCUCUGACAAGGAAUGUCAACACUUCACUAACACUGGCAUUUCUGAACUUCAGUCUUCAGAUGCUAGUUAUCUACAGUUCUGCUAGGAGUAUAAGCUAGUAGUAUUAGAUCAAGAUACCAUUUGAACAGUAAAUGAGCAUCUCCUCUGCCUAUUCAUUUUCCUCAUUUAAGUUAGCAUUUUUUAGUCAUGGAUGUUAAGUCUCAUGAUAUCCUUUUUAUAUUCGGGAUAGCCAGUCUGUAUGUUAGAUUGUCUGAAAUUGAUGCACAAAUUGGAUUAUCCGUGGAUUUCAGUAAUCGAUUAGCAUAAGCUUGCAUGAUACAGGAGGUGGCUGGUAGCUAUCUAAUCUGAUGAUAGUCCACGGAAAUGAACCUCUUGCUCACAUGUGUACAUUUAGAUUCAGUUCGAUUCUGACACCUGGUUGGGUUAGUGGCAUGAAGCUUAAACAAAGCUUCCAAUUCCUCACGAUCCUUUUGCACCUUUUAUUUAGACCUGGUUCUUGUUGGUAACUGCAGUUCCAUCGUAAAACCUACUCCCUCCAUUUCAGGUUA